AGCGGCCGCUUCAGGCUGGGCUGCUCUCUCUCUCUCGCUUGCUUGCUCGCUCACAACCCCGCGGCCGGGGACGGCGGCGGCGGCGGCGGCGGGGCCAGCAGCGGGAGGCAGCAUGAGGGAGCCUCUCGGGCCUGCUGACUUAAGGAAUGCUGGGGAAAGCUUACUCACAAAAUCCAGCCUAAAAGGAAAGGAAUACUGUUAACUAAGCAACUGUCUGCCAAAUGAAUGCUGUUGAUCACAAGGGAAAUCAGCCAAUAGGUGGACUUUCAGGAAUUCAUUACCAUUACUCGAAAAAACAACUUGAGAGCCCCCUGCCCUACUUACAUGACGGAUCCUGCCCGAGAGAGGUUUCCAAUGGCUGAGCUUUGACAGACACCAGUGCACCAUGUACAGUGUGGAGGAUCUCCUAAUUUCACAUGGAUACAAAUUAUCUCGCAAUCCUCCAGCACCCCAUGGGGAUAGAUAUGAUGGAUAUCAGCAGGAGAGUUCAGAGAGUAGAGCUGGUCGUGGAACGCUGAAUGGGUAUGAAGCAGACCCUGCAGCCUUUGCUUGUAAUAAGAAAUCGCUGGGAAAAGGAUAUUUGAGUGACAAUGAGAACAGUGGAGCAGUGUCGGGGAGCCACAGAGAUCCCCCAGGUUCAUCUGCUUUCCAUCAUUCUGAGGAGGGGUUUUAUAACCAGCCAUCAUUAGUGUGGUCUUCCCAGCCUAAGACAGAUCUUGCCUACUGGAGAAGAAAAGGACAAGACUUCAGUGUGCUGCUGGAUUAUACAGACAGAGUAAACCUUGAAACCCCCAGAAUGGCAGAGCCCCAUGGUAUGACCCGAAAUGUGAGAGAGGGUCAGUUGGAAGUAGGAUUGAGGUUGGAAAACACAAUGAGGAGAGCAGUUUUAGAAGACAGCUGGAAAGUAUCUGGAGAUCCCAAGUGGCAGAAUGAAAAUCUUGAGAGCUGGAACCAACCUAGGAGACUAGGGAGGCAGAUGUCUGAUGGAGAUGGGGAGAAGCUGCUGCAAGAUCUGUACUCAUUUACGAAAGGAGACAAUACAUUUAAUUCCCAAAACAAGGGAAAGUCCCAGUCAUUGCCUAGAGUUCUUUCCCCUGACGACCUAAGAUGUGUGGAAAUGCCCACUCUGAUAAAUGAUUACCAUUUGCCAGGGGAUGCUAAAAUGCUAUUUUAUCCUACAAAUAGUACAUCAAACUUGGAGUACCUAAGAAACCCUGAAAAGGGUGAUCCCUAUAUUCCUUUACAAAAGCCCAAGUAUGGGAGACCCCUAAAACCUCCAUCUUAUGAACUCUACCGACAGACUCGAAGUGGAGUAGAAAACAGCAGGUAUCAGGAUAACUACCAGAAAGACUGUAUUUCUUUUCUGCCCAAAACUAAUGAGCCUAGACAGGACCCUUCUAACCUAGACCCAAAUUUGGAGCCUCCCAUGUACGUCCCACCACCAUCUUACAGAUCACCACCCCACCAGAACACAAAUCCACAUUCCCUAAAUGAAGUGCCUCAUUUCCAGCAUGGUGGUCACACGCAGCAGCAGCAGCAGCAGCAGCAGCAGCAGCUGAUGGAGAUGCCCAUUGCUGGCCACUACACUUCAUCCGACUCCUACAGGUCAGGGAAUCAAUAUGGUGCAAGUGUGUGUCCCCCCCAUGGGCUUCCCAGACACCCCCAGCGCAUGGAUGCUUGUGACAGCUCAGUUCAAUAUAUUCCCUUCAGUGACCCACGAAUCCGACACAUUAAAAUGACCCAUCAUCAGGACUUCUUCCAGGAAACCAAAUUCCUUGAAAAGCUAUAUACCGCAGGUCCCUCUGGUUUCCAGGGACCAGCUCGGGUUCAAGCACAAGAUGAUGGUGCCUUUUUUCAUUCUGAAAGCCAAGUCCCAGCAACCAAAAGUGAGAGUGAUCCUGCCUCUUAUGAACCUAGCCUUGGGUGGCUCCCGGCAGCACCCCUUCUAGACAGAGAAAUCUGUGCCUUGCCUGACCAAAGAGACAAUUGUGUUUUAAGUGAACAGCAGCCUGAUAAGGAAAACAGCCGUCAGCAGUGUGCUAAAGGGAGGGUUUCUUCCCAAAUCCCACAGUGGGAGAGUACCUGUGAAACCAUAACUAAGCUCAAAACAUUUCAAACUGGGAUUCAGACCAAGAAAAGUUCAAAGAAAAAAGUGAACGAGACUGUAUUUUGCUUGGUUUCUGUCCCAGUUAAAUCAGAGCCACAUCUGCUAGAUACAGAUAGGAAUAACAAUGAUUUAAAACAGAGUGCGGAUAAAAAGAAUGGCAAUGAUAAGAGAGGGGCUUUGCGAGAACAAAGUCUCUUGAGCAUGUCUUCCACAGACCUGGAGCUACAGGCACUUACAGGAAGCAUGGCCAGUAAACCUGAGCUACAAAAACAAGGAGCAGCAGGGCCAAAACAGUACAAACAAACAAAUGACCUCAGAUUCAGUCACUCCACAAAACAUAGAGAACUCAAAUAUUCUGGGUCUUGGCCAGGUGACCAGUACAGAGACCAGCAAACACAGACCACUGUCACCCAAGAAUCCCAAACGUUCCAGUUUCUUCCUGCUAAAAACAUGGAGGGCCAAUGCAGUGUACCACCCAUUCCAAAAGUAUCAGACCGCUCUGCCUCUGAAACUCUGAAGCCAUCAGCAUCACCUCCUAGUGACUGGAAGUUGAGGCCAAAUACCGGGAAUCUGAAAGGUCAGAUGUACUUCAGCCCGUCUAGCAAUAGUGCUUUCUCAAGGACUACUUCGUCCAUCAUUCAGGGGCCUACAUCAAAAGCAGGCCAAAGACAGCCUGAUGACCCCUCCCUCGACAUAAAUGAAAGGGACACUAAGCCAGUAUUCAAAGGUCAAGUAGUGAAGGGUGAGGCAAGUGCCCCUUGCAACAGUAAAGCACUCUUUGGUCAGUUUCUCUUAAAACCAGUUAGCCGUCGUCCCUGGGACGUAAUUAGUCAGUUAGAAAGUUUUAACAAGGAGCUUCAGGAACAGGAAGAAAGCAGCAGUGACAGCAGCAACAGCAGCAGCAGCAGCAGUAUUGAUGGAGAAAUUAUAGAAAGUGAACAACAGAUGCAGGGGGAUGUUGAUAUUGAUGCUGGCACUGGGUUAAAGGACUAUAAGCCUGAUGAACCCAGCCAGGAAAUGAGAGUUGGGUUACAGCCAAGGACAGCAAUACCAGAGUUUCCCGUAUUUAAAUCAGGAAGAGUCAAGAGUGUGGAGCUGACAUCUGAUUUCAUAUACGACUAUCCUCAACCACGGAUACCCUUCCAGAGAAGAGAUAGCAAAGGUGAAUCUGUUAAGCCCACAGAAGAAAGUGCGAUUCCAGAAACAAGAAACCAGGAAACAGAGACCAGAGUAAACAAAUUGGCCACCAGCCCAGAGCCUGCAAAAAGAAUGAUGUCGAAUAGUUUGAUGAAGACAAUUCCAAGCCCCUUGAGCUACCCAGCUGACAUAAGAGAGCCCCAAGAAAACAGUCAGUAUGGCGAUGUAGUCAAUUCUGCACCACCAAGCCAAAUAAUUCAUCCCAGGAGUGACAGAGCCGAAGAGGGGGAGUCAGGGGUACACAUUUCUUUAGUGAACAAAACCCAAGGUUUGUCUGAUGAAGUAAAGUUUGUGGGGCUUGAUACAGGUCCAGAGCAUAGUGCCAACAAGUUAGAUGACGUGUUAGAAAAACCAGGUGCAAUAGAAAUCCCUCCUAAUGAACCCCUUCAAACAAGGGCAGCCCGGAUUCUGGGCAUAGAAGUAGCCGUGGAGUCCCUCAUCCAUGGUAACAAGGAAAGAGGGCCAAACCAUCUUCCCAGUCCUGCUCAAAGUGUUCCCAAGGCUGAUUUGCCAGCAACAAAAACAUUAUGCAAUUUGGUGCAAUCAAAUAACCCUGACCCUGUAUCAUCAAAAAGUGCUUUUGACAGCCGGAGAAAGUGUGGCUGGACCGAAAGCCCUCUCUUUGUAGGGGAGAGAGACACACAUUUGAAGACACAUGUAAUUCCCCAAGAUUCUGAACUGAACCCAGGUGUGGAUGGAGAUGACACCACUAAUACUUUGGUCCCUGCAUCUGAGCCCAAAUCACCUUCCAACCUCCGUGGUCAAAAGGACCUCAGGACAAACCAGUCCUACAAGUCAACUUUAUUUCAUUGUCUGGAAAGAAACUCCACCGGGAUGGGCACAGAAAAGAAAUUCAGAAGCACCUCCAAGGUGAUUGAAACCAUACAAGAGAAAUUAGUGAGUCCUCCAACCAAAACAGCUGUGGACCGGCUAAUGAGAAUGAAGGAAGUUGAUUCCAUCUCUCGAAUUAGACGUCUCAGUUCCAAGAGCACUGAUUCUGGGGAGGAAACAGAGGAAGAGAAAAUUCAGAGAAGACUGGAAGGACAGUCAAGGGUUGGCUUUGGCUCUUUGAAUGGCAGUGACCCAGGACACAAAGUGGGGGAUGCUGGAGCUGAAGAAAAUGGGCAUCGGACAAUACGUAGUGUAAAAAAGAAUGCAGAGCAAGAUCUUUUUUGCCUAGAUACAUACGAUCCUAGCCGCGUUGAAAGAGUCUGAUAUGAAUGAUGUGCAAAUCUCGGAACACUCCAGCCUGCUAAUUAAGUAUCCUCUGAUUUGGGGCUGACCAGCCUGCCUGCCCUACGUGUUUGCUUAGAAAUCAUCACUAGUUUUUGGUAUAUCGAUAAAGCCUUUACCACUGCCGAUAGAAGUGAAUCAUUCUUUUAGAGCUAUUUUGUGGAGAUAAUGAAAAUCUUGCCCUUUGAAGCCACACCUGUUUUCUGUAGCAGCUCUAAUUAAGCUGUGCCUACAUUUGUCAAGGUUUUUUUCACAUUGAUGGAGGCAGCUAGGGUGUAAAUGGGAUGAAGCUAGGUAUUUCAUCUAGUCCUUCAGUGUCAAAGGUCAGACACGGGAAUACUAUGAAAAUGAUUUGGAAAAGAAUGUGAAUGUGUUAGCUCCUUUCUGGAUCUCUAAAGCCCAGGCUUUUGUGUUUAUAGGAUAGAAUCUUGGAGACACACUCUUUCUGAGAGUCCUUCUGCACUCUGAGUUGUAGGGAAAUGGGGAAUGAAUAUAAGGUUAGAGACUG